CCCAGGUUGACGCCUCCUGCGUGACGCAGCGUGACGUAGGGCGCUGACGGACAGGUAAGCCGACACCGGCCGCCAUAUUGGGUCAGAACGGAAGCUUGGAGGGGGGGGUGGAGGAGGAAGAGGCGCCGAUGAGUGAGGAAGAGCGGUUUCUCAGAAAGGGCGUCUUUGCUCUCACGGUAGUCUCCGGGGGAAGGGGCGGCCUCUGCGCCACAGCGGAUCCGGAUUCAGACGCUGCUCGCUCGGUUCGGUAACCGGAGCCAAGCCGGGGGGAGGACGGACGGAGAGUCGACGCUUCCGAGGCAGAAGGAGGGAUAAGAAAGUAGAGCGGGAGGAGGAGGAAGAGGAGGAGGAAGAUGCCUCUGGCUCAGCUGGCGGACCCCUGGCAGAAGAUGCCCGUGGAGGGCACUUCUGGAGAGGAGGCGCAUCCUGAUCAUGAGGACUCUGUGACCGAGGACGACUCCAUGUCCACCUCCACCGAUGAUGUGUCCAUCAAAGAGAUCAACAUCACUCAUCAUGUGAAGGAGGGGUCAGAAAAGGCCGAUCCUCGGCAGUUCGAGCUCCGUAAAGUCCUGGGACAGGGCUCCUUUGGGAAGGUGUUUCUGGUGAGGAAGAUCACCGGACCGGACGCUGGUGAGCUGUACGCCAUGAAGGUCCUGAAGAAAGCCACGCUGAAAGUGCGCGACCGCGUCAGGACAAAGAUGGAGCGGGACAUCCUGGUGGAGGUCAACCACCCCUUCAUCGUGAAGCUGCACUACGCCUUUCAGACUGAAGGCAAACUCUACCUGAUCCUGGAUUUCCUCAGAGGAGGAGAUCUCUUCACGCGUCUCUCCAAAGAGGUAAUGUUCACAGAGGAAGAUGUGAAGUUCUACCUGGCAGAGCUCGCUCUGGCUCUGGACCACCUUCACAGCCUCGGCAUCAUUUACAGAGACCUCAAACCGGAGAACAUCCUGCUCGACGAGGAUGGACACAUCAAGCUGACCGACUUCGGCCUCAGCAAGGAGUCGAUCGACCACGAGAACAAAGCCUACUCCUUCUGCGGGACAGUGGAGUACAUGGCUCCAGAGGUGGUGAACAGACGGGGGCACACACACAGCGCCGACUGGUGGUCCUACGGUGUACUGAUGUUUGAGAUGCUGACGGGAACGCUGCCGUUCCAAGGAAAAGACCGGAAAGAGACGAUGACCAUGAUCCUUAAAGCCAAGUUGGGAAUGCCGCAGUUUCUCAGUUCGGAAGCUCAGAGUCUACUCAGGAACCUGUUCAAGCGCAACCCCGGAAACAGACUAGGAGCCGGGCCGGACGGAGUGGAGGAGAUCAAGAGGCAUCACUUCUUCCACACCAUCGACUGGAAUAAACUCUUCCGCCGAGAGAUCUAUCCUCCCUUCAAGCCGGCCGUGGGACGACCUGACGACACUUUCUAUUUUGAUCCAGAGUUCACAGCUAAAACACCCAGAGACUCCCCAGGGGUCCCUCCGAGUGCGAACGCUCAUCAGCUCUUCAGGGGGUUCAGCUUCGUGGCCAUCACAGAGGAGGAGACGCAGCCGCUGCCUCACGCUAUCGUACAGCAACUUCACAGGAGCAACUCUCAGUUCUCCGAUUCCUAUGAGAUUAAAGAGGACAUCGGCGUCGGCUCGUACUCCAUCUGCAAGCGCUGCAUCCACAAAGCCACCAGCAUGGAGUACGCAGUCAAGAUCAUCAACAAAGCCAAGCGAGACCCGUCGGAGGAGGUGGAGAUCCUGCUGAGAUACGGGCAGCACCCCAACGUCAUCACCCUGAAGGAUGUGUAUGACGACGGCCGCUCCGUGUUCCUGGUGACGGAGCUGAUGAAGGGCGGCGAGCUGCUGGACAAAAUCCUCAGACAGAAGUUUUUCUCUGAGCGGGAAGCCAGCGCCGUCCUCUUCACCAUCACCAAGACUGUGGAGUACCUGCAUGUUCAGGGGGUGGUGCACAGAGACCUGAAGCCCAGUAACAUCCUGUAUGUGGACGAGAGCGGCAACGCCGAGUCCAUCAGGAUCUGCGACUUCGGUUUCGCCAAGCAGUUGAGGGCGGAGAACGGUCUGCUCAUGACGCCGUGUUACACUGCCAACUUUGUCGCACCAGAGGUUUUGAAGAAGCAGGGGUACGAUGCUGCCUGUGACAUCUGGAGUCUGGGGGUGCUGCUCUACACCAUGCUCACAGGCUUUACUCCGUUUGCCAACGGCCCAGAGGACACCCCGGAGGAGAUCCUGGCCCGCAUCGGCAGCGGGAACUUCUCCCUCACUGGAGGCAACUGGAACACCGUCUCUGCUGAAGCUAAGGAUCUUGUGUCGAAGAUGCUGCAUGUCGACCCCCACAAGCGUCUGACUGCAGGUCAGGUCCUCAGACACCCCUGGGUGAUGCACAGAGACCAGCUGCCCAAGUACACCCUCAACAGACAGGACACGCCACUGCUCGUCAAGGCGGCGAUGGCGGCCACCUACUCGGCCUUGAACAGGAACGUCCCCCCAGUUCUGGAGCCGGUGGGCUGCUCCAGCCUGGCGCGGCGGAGGGGAGUGAAGAAGAUCACCUCCACUGCUCUGUGACCUCCUCUUCCUCCUCUUCAGCUCAACUCUGACCUCGAUCUGAUCACCACCGGACCUCACCCCACCCCACCCUUCCAGUCCAACGGGACAGACUACUGAUGGAGCGAGUAGCAGCCAAAGCCAAACAGGAGCACAGAGACCCCACGCCCACAGCCUGCACCUUAACCCACUCCUCUGAUUGGAUCUCCUCUGCUGUCUCACUGUAGAGCCUAAGCUUUAGCCCCGCCCACCCCCAGCCGCGGCAUUUCUCCUUCAGACAAUCAGCGCAGGGGGAGGCUCCUCGUGCGCACGUCAGGAAGAAUAAGCACUGUAUUUAUUUAUGCAGGUCGAGUCGUCGGAACAAGUUUAGAUUUUCUGAGCAUUCAAACCUCACGGACGGAGUCGGACAGAAGCAGACGUUCUCCUCACAGGUGGAGGCCACGCUCCGAGAAGCCACGCCUCCUUCAGAACCAGAGACUCUCUGGUUCCAGUAUUAACGUUCAAAGGAAGAAAUCAAAAACGGGAAUCCUCCGUUUUUAACUGAUGCCUUUGUCCUGCUAGCUCUGCAAAUAUUCCGAAAAUCCUUCACUGCGAUCUAACAGUGCCCCCUGGUGGCCAAAAAUAACAUUAAUCUCUAUUGUUUUCCCUGCCUCAGCCAUCUGUCAAACUAUUCUUUAACAUUUUUAUUAUUUGAUUGUAAAAUCUCACACUGGAUCUCCCCCUGGAGAGAGAAGACUUUCAAAUCCUUAAACAUUAAUCUGAGCACUUUAAUGAUUUGUCAACUUUUUUACACAGGAACCAAAAUCAAACUUUAAAGUUAAGGCUGUCAUUUUUAAAUACAAUUGUACUUUUAAUUUUUAAAGUAACACCUUUUCAAUGAGUAAGCUUUACUGUCAUCUUUAUCCAUCAGUCUUGGGCAUGAUCAAUAUUCUCUAGGCUUGAACUUUGACCCAACAGGUUUUUAAUCUUUCAAACUUAGAAAAAAAAAUCUAAAUAAAUAUUUUAAACUUUUUUUGUAGUUUGUUUUAUGCCAUUUUUAAAAAUCAGUUUUGCUCUGAUAAGUUCAGAGAAAUAACUUUGAUAAGAAGGAGAAACCAAAAGCAGUAAAUCAGAAGCAGUUCAGGAACUGGAGAGAAUCCAAACAUCCAGAGAAACGAGCGUUGCUGUGGCUUGAUGUGGAUGUCUGACCAAAGCUGACCUGAAGGUGGCGUGUGAAUGCAGCGUCACUGGGAACGCCAGGAGCAACUCAGGAGAGCAGAGCAGAAGAUGCAGGAGAAGCACAAGAGCAGCGUGAUGCUCCUGAAAACCUCUGGAAAGACUUUUGUUUUAUGAGCAAUCUUUGAAUUAAAAAAAAUUGACAUUUGUUCAGGAAAACUUUCAUCUCUGCUGGGAAAUAUUCAUGUGAACAUUUUUCCCCCAAUUCCACAUUCAAGAGUCACAGGACUGAAAACCAAACACUCAUGGCAUGCAUGACAUAAGAAAACAAGUCACUAUUUUAUGCAGAAAUGAAAACUAAAGUCAGAUUUAAGAUUCAAAACCAAAACCUGAUCAAAAAGCAGCAGCAGAAAUUGAUCUGACGACCUCCAACAAACCCACCAGGGGGCGCUCACCACAGCUCAAUCAGGAUCUGUUAAUCAGAAGAUUAAUCAAUCCUAUGUUUUAUAAGAAAAAGGAUGAGAUUAAAGGUGAAACUGUUGAAAUUAAUGACUAAAUUAAUGAGACGAGGAAAGAUUCAUGUCUUGGAGAAAGUAAACUUCUGAAAUUCUUGUUUUUUUUAAAUAAAUGUAUGAAGCUUAGUCCAAAUAACAUUUUAUUGAAAUAAAUAAAUGGUAAAUUCGUUUGGCAGAAACUGAAAUAAGCACACUUGACAUGAUUAAAUGCUUUAAAACAAAAUUUACUUUCUUAAACUUUUGAUUUAGAUUGUCAAACUUAAGAAGGAAAAUAUGAAAAGAGAUUAAAAUAUUUAUUCUUGACUUUGUCUCAGCAGUUUGACUUUUAACCUCAUUCAUGUUGUCAUCCGUGUUCUAUUGUUCUGCAUCCUGCAGUUUUUAAUGAUUUGACAUGAAAGAGUCCAGAAGUCAAUUAAUCUUUAAAGACCUUGAAGGUCCUCGUCGGGUUCCUCCUCUUCUGGUCUGAAUGUCGGCCUAAUGGGAUCAGAUGCAGAUUCUCUGUCCGUCAUUAUGUAUGCAAGUGUUGAUCUGAGCUUCCUGUGUAGCUCCAGGACAAAGAAUGAUUUGUUCAUUUCUUUUUUGUUAUUAUGAACAGGAGAAAAGCCCUUUUUUUCUUCUCCUCUUCCUCCUUCAUCCAUCAGAGACAUAUUCAGCCCUGCUGCUAUGCCGGCUCUCUGUUUUUAUACCUGCAGUGAGAGUUGAUCUUUCUAUUAAAACAAUAAUCAGCUGAGACGAGUUUCUGUCUUCAUGUUCAUGGCGUCUGCUGUGUUCUCGACUCGAGCUGUAAAUCCUGAAAGAACUCUUCAAACCAGCCAGAGAAGCUUCAGCAGCAGAGCCCGUUUUACUGCUGUGACACAAGAAACGAAAAGGAAUACACAGAAAAAAUGUACAAGAGAAAAACAAGUUUAUGAAAGGCUUUAUUAAUCUCUGUAAACGUAAGGAAGGUCUGAAGAAUGUUCCAUGGUUUAAUCAAAUACAAAAAUGUUAAAUCUUUACAUUUACAUCAUACAGAGGGGAUUGAAAGUUUGGGCAUCCCAGGUAAAAUGUUAUAUUAUUGUGCAUAAAGAAGGCAAAAAAAGGGAAAAAUCUUCUAAAUGUAUCAGUUUACAGCUGAGACGUUAUUUUAACAUGUCAAAAAAUGCUUUAUUUCCAUCAUUUACCCUACCAAAGAAACAGAAAUCAAAAUAAUGGUGUGUGUAAAAGUUUGCUCACCCUGCAGAGUUAGUUACUUGUACUUCCGCUAUGAAAAUCCAGAUUUUAAUUAAACCAAUCAUCGUAGAUGUUCUUCAGGCUCUUUGUUUUUCACAUGGACAGGUGUCUAGCAGCAAAGGGGUCAUGCAGGGUCAGAGGUCAGAGUCAUCCGGCACUGGGUGUUGGUGAGGAGCCGAGGCUUCUCUCCAUCAUUCGUGUUCUUUUAACAUGAGUUUGAUGUGCAGGUUCAGGCUCUUGAUCACCUGGACGAUCUGACAGCAGCACAGGAGUGUAGGGACACACCUGAUCAUUGGACCAGGAUGAGCUGAAUUCUUUCCAGAUGUGGCAGCAGGUUAAGACUCCAAAAUUGUCUUAAAUUGUCAAUGUAAAUAUCCUCCUGCUCCUUUUCUUCCCUGAGGACCAGAAUCCUCCACAUCCUAGAGCCUGUAGAGGUUCAGGCGUCCAUCCUCAUCUGGUCCAUCCCGCCUACAUAGCCAGAGGGCGGCGCUGUUCUCAAUGCAGCCAUAGAAGUUGUCUAAAGAGUAAACUGAUCUGAGGUUCUCUGGCAUUUUCCUCAUACAGUUAGUGGUUGACGCAAGCAGUCAGAGCAGGAACUCUUAAAUGAGCAUCCCAGUCAUGCUCUAAGGAACGCCUCCCGCUUUGUCUUCUUCCAACAGCUGUGUGGUUGUUUUUUCAAAUGUGUCCCUGUGCUUCAACAGAUUCAUGGUUAUGGCUAAAAUCAAGAGAUUAUUGAUUGUGAAACUUUAUUGUUUUGUAAGGUCAUCUCAAACAUGAAAUCUUCUCUUUUUAGAGGCUGGGUAAGAAUGAUUUGCUUGAUAGCCAAUCUUGGAGGUCGUCCUAAAAAGUAUUAAACGCAAUAAAAAAAUAAAAAGA